AAAAAUUACUUUAAUCCGUGAAUAUUAAUUUUAACUCUAUAUUAUUUCGUGUUUUGUUACCGUUACUGUUCGGUAUAGUCUGAACAAGCGGUGUUAGGGCAAAAGUUUUCGUCUGAAUAUUUAUCCUACUAUAAACAAAAUAAUGUUUGCAAUUGCUAAAGCACGAAUAUCGCAAGAAAUUGUUGAUACUAUUGACCCUGAAAUAAUAGCAACCAAGUUCGUAUACGUUGAACAAAAAUGCGGGGUUAGAAUUGAAAAAUCGGACACUACUUUUAGUUUGACAGGCCCAUGGGAUUCAAUAAAAGAAGCACACGCAGUGCUUUCCAGGCUGCUUCUGAACGGACACGAUGAGGGAGCGGCUUCCUCUCGCAGUCACGAGAAAAAAUUACCACAACCUAAAGAAAAGUUCGUCAAAAUUAAAUCCAAUCCAAAGAGAGGGCGCAAAAUGCCACCAAGCAUAGUUCCAGAGCCUGAUGUUUUUAUUCAAUACAAAGACAAGGGUUUUAAAACCCCAAAAGAAAUAGACAUCAAGGAAGUUCUGAAUGACUUUCAAAAAACAAAGACUGGUCAAAAUAUCAAACAGGAAGAACUGCUUAAAGCUUUACAGAAAGGUCCUUGUCUUCCGUUAGAAGAUGCAUUGUGGUUCUCACAAAGCAAUAUAACUGAACAAGUGGAGGAUGAUUUGGUAAACAAUCUUCAUGCAAAUAAAGCAUCUCCAGAGCAAGUUGAACCUUGCAUUGAUGCAAAUGAUUCAGAGACUGAUGAUGUUCUACAUAGCAAUGAAAGAACUGCGUAUGUAGACAUAAACACAGCUGCAAAUGAACCAGAGCCCACUGUGCAAUCAACUCUCAUAUCUUCUGACAUUUCUGAGCUAAAGAAUAUGACUGUGAGUUCUCAGUGUGAUGAAACUACUCAACCACUUGAUCCUUAUUUUGAUACAAUUGUUACUGUUACUGAGACAGAUCAUGCAGGCGCUUUAGCAUGUGAGACUAAAUCAGCAGAAUCUGUUGUCAGCAAGGGUUGUUCUGUCCAGGGGAGUACUGCAGGGGAUUCAGCCUUCAGUGAUAGGACAGAAGAGAAUUGUAAAGACCAACUCCUUGUCAAGAAGUCAGACAAAAGAAAACAGGGUAACAAGAACAAGCAGUUUUCCAGGGCAGCUGGUUCAAAGGUCGCAAGUAAGAGACCUGCAGAAAGGGCAACAAGAAACAACAACAAGAGAGUGACCAAAACAACUAGUACACAUUUCAUGGAAAACAUGGAAAAUCAUUUAAUUGAAAAUAAGGCUACCUUUACAGUGCAAAAAAAGAAACCACAGAAAAGUCCAAAUCAGCAACAACUCCCAGAAGGCAUUGAAAGUUCUAACAAAAGUGACAACAUAGUGCAAAAACCUAAACCAAAAAGCAAGCAACGCGCAGAACGAACUGAGAGAUCUGAAAAAACUAAUAACAGAGUGCAAACCUCAAAACAACAAAGCAAACAACGUAACCUCAGCAUGGACCAUGAUAACAUAAGUGAUGACAAAAGUGUAGUACCGACUAUUUACAAGUGUGAACAGUGUGACUAUCAGAGUACACGGAGGGACCGGCUGACUGACCACAUGGGGCGAGUCCACGGCCUGCUCUCUGUCAACUGCAAGGGCGCUCAGAACAGAGAUGCAUUCCAGUGUGAUCUGUGCGAGAAAGCAUUUGUGUUUGGAAAGGACCUGAACCGCCACAAGAAGGUGGUGCAUGCGAAAGAGCGCUUCACGUGCACAGUGUGUGAGAAAGAGUACAAGUCCAAAUAUGUGUUCAAUAAACAUGUGGCCAGUCAUGGGGAGAAUUACAAGAAAGACAUGUUUCGAUGUCAGGUAUGUGAUCGUGAAUAUACGACCAAAUUUUCCUUGAGUAACCACAUUAAGUCUCAGCAUCUGGAUAUGAAGAAGACUUUCAGUUGUCCAACGUGUGGAAAAACGUUUAGCGGUCGUCGCUCCUAUCUUAUGCAUGCCAAUGCACAUCUCGGAGUGAAACCAUACUCAUGCGAGAUAUGUGGGAAAUCUUUCACGUAUGACAAGUCAUUGAAGGAACACCGAUACCUUCAUGACGCUGUGCGACACUUCAAGUGCGUCCAUUGUGGGAAAGCGUUCAGGCAGAAGACGUGCCUGCUGGUACAUGAGCGUGUGCACAAGAAGAUGCCAGCUCAGGUCUGCCUGUACUGUGGACAGACAUUCACCCAAAGGCAAUCACUGCUCAGACAUGAACGCAUACACACAGGUGAAAAACCUUUUAAAUGCAGCCUCUGUUCAAAAGCCUUUUCUGAAGGGCCCCUGGUUCGUAAACACUUGCUGAUGGUCCACAACCUGGACAGGGACACCUGGAGGCAGUGUGUGAUCCGGGAGAACCGAGAACCGGCCAGUCACUAUGUAUCCGGUGGCACCGGUUACCAACCCCGGGAACCGGCAGACCAAGUUCGCAGGAGGAAUCGGGCCACUGUCCUUCCACCCACCGCAAGGGGCAGGCCCUCAGUUAUUGCCCUUGAUAUUGAAGCCUCUUCGGGGUCUUCUUCCGUAUCAGAUGAUAGUAUUGUCAUGCACAAUCCUAGUAUGAAGGAAAUACACAGAUUACAAGUAUCAAUGGACAAUUCCGCUACAUCAGAUGGCAAUCCAGACACAAUUUCUGGGACUGAUAAUGACUAUAAGGCUUCUGCUGCCUAUGGUUUGCAGGACUCUCAAUCCAACAAUGCAGCUCCUGAAGGGAAUGAUCACUCAAGUUUUGUGACAUGUGUAGCACCGUCUAUCGUAGCUGGACCCAUGCAAAGUGCCUCAGAAAAUGCUGACUUAAACAGCAUCAAUGGGACCUCACAAAUGGUGCAAAAUUACCUAUCUAAUCUACCUAACAAUGAAAUGUUCACUGGUUUCGAGUUGCAAACUCUUCAAGAUGAAUCACCAUUCUUAAAACGGAAUGCCGGUACAGCAUUAGUGCCAAGCUCACAGUCGUUGUACCCACCACAUUAUAACACUUUAUCUGAAGUAAACUCGGAACCUCCUUUACGAAAUCAGGUUACUAUGGAAAUAUUGAGCUCUGAAAGCUUGAGUUACCAGCUCUACCCUUCGACAUCCCAUGUCGCAGAGACAAAUGAAUCCAAGGUCAGCCAGACUGCAAGCCAAUGGGGGUUUCAAGGAUACUCGGAGCACUAUUACUAUGGUGGCCAGUAUGAACCUUCUAAUCUUUAGAAAAAUGACCAUCUUUUUGACAUUUUCAGCAUUUUUCAGACAGAAGAAAUGAUUUUUUGUUAUCAAAAUCUGCAUAAGGUUUUUAAAAGACUGAAAGAUGGCUUGUAUAAUGCAUGUAUUUGUUGUUAAGAAUUAUAAUAUAUAACGGAACCACGUUAUUUUUAACAAACUUGAAACAGAAGAUUACAUUAAUAUAUGGUCGGUCUGCCAAUUAUAUCCAUGUAAACCCCGUGGUUAUACAUGUUUAAAAGAUUAACAAGCAUGCUUUUACCCCAUACAGAGUUUAAAAUGUUGAUGGAUUCUAGUAAUAUUUUCUCCAUUUUCUAAAUAUGUCGAACAAUUCUUAAUUAAACAAGAUAAAACAAUA